AUGGGUCGGAGGAUUCAGCAGCUGGCCGCCGUGUUGCUGUUGGCGGCGGCCGUCGUCGCCGCCGUGGCCGCCGCCAGGGACGAACCAAGAAGAGGCAGCCAAUGGGACACGGUGAUGUCCAUGCUUAACUGCAGGAGCGACUCGUCGUUGAUCCCUAGCUACAUCUGCAGCGUGAUUGGCAAGAGCCGCUGGGGCUGGGGGUCGGAUGACCCCGACGAGUACACGGCACCGCCGGCGGCGGAGGAGGAUCCGUCGCCGGCGGCGCGGCGGCGGCGGCCGGUGAUGACGACGUUGAACCUGACCAAGUACCUGGACCCGCUGCCGCAGAUGGCCAGGAUCCAAGGGUACGACCUGUGGAACGGCAUUAUUCCCGUGCCGACCAACCUCACCAUCGGCAUGUACCAGAAGACUUGGAAAUUCCACAGCCAGAUGAACGAGACGCCGGUGUUCGUAUACGGGCAGUCGCUGGAGACGGCGACGUUCCCAGGGCCGACCAUCGUGGCGCGGCAGGGCGUGUGGCUCGACGUCAAGUGGGAGAACCACCUCCCCGACGCCCACAUCCUCCCGUGGGACCCCUCCGUACCCGUCGCCAAAGCCACGAAAGGCGGCGUCCCCACCGUCGUCCACCUCCACGGCGGCGCCCACCCGCCGGAGUAUGACGGCAGCGCCUUCGCCUGGUUCACCCGUGACUUCAACGAGACGGGCCCAGCGUGGACGCGGACCACCUACCGCUACCCCAACGUGCAGGCGCCGGGCAACCUGUGGUACCACGACCACGCCCUCGGCCUCACCCGCGCCAGCCUCCUCGCCGGUCUCCUCGCCGCCUACAUCAUCGAGAAGCCAGAGAUCGAGAUCCCCAUGAACCUCCCCUCCGGCGAAUUCGACCUCCACCUCGUCAUCGCCGACCGCGAAUUCUACGAGAAUGGCUCCAUCUUCAUGAACACAACAGGCACGUUGCCCGACAUCCACCCGCAGUGGCAGCCGGAGUACUUCGGCAUGACCAUGACCGUCAACGGCAAGGCAUGGCCUUACCUCAACGUCCAUCGCCGCCGCUAUCGCCUCCGCAUCCUCAACGCCUGCAAUGCGCGCUACCUCGACAUCAGGUUCUCCAACGGCCUCCCCUUCCACGUCAUUGCCGCCGACUCCUCCUACCUCUUCGCGCCGGUCACUGUGUCCCACCUCGUCCUCUCACCGGCCGAGAUCUUCGACGUCGUCGUCGACUUUUCCCUCGCGCCGACGGCCACCGAGAUCGAGCUGCUCAACUCGGCGCCCUACCCGUAUGGGCUGAACGGCACCGCCCCAGACCCGAAUCUCGAUGGCAAGGUGAUGAAGUUCAACGUUGCCCCCUACGGACAGCUCGACGACACGCCAGACAACUCCAAGGUGCCAGAACACGGCGUGCCGUACGCAAACGUGUCUGCACUCCCGCCGACGAUGAUGACGAGGUACAUCGUCCUGUACGAGAAUAUGACCACAGACAACAAGACGAUGAAUCUGUACAUCAACGGGCUCCGCCUAGAGGACCCGGUGACGGAGACGCCAAGGUCGGGGACGACGGAGCUGUGGCACGUGAUCAACCUCACCGGUGACAACCACCCGCUGCACGUCCACCUCGGCACGCUCCAGGCCAUCCAGAUGAGGGAGCUCAUCGACCCCCUCACCUUCAAGGACUGCAUGAUCAAGAACAACAACACGAACACGUGCAACCUCCUCCAGCACGCCGUCGGCGCCACGUUGCCGGUGCCAGAGGAGGAGAAGACGUGGAAGAACGUGGUGAAGGUGCCGCCGAACUUCGUGACGUCGGUGGUGGUGGCGUUCUUGCUCGUGGAGACCAACCAGUUCUACCCCUUCGACGCCACCACCGAGCCAGGGUUCGUCUACCAUUGCCACAUCCUGGAUCACGAGGACAACGCUAUGAUCAGGCCACUCAAGCUGACGAAAUGGUGACCACGACACACUCGAUCUACUGCGCCUGGUGAUU